AACCACAGAACCACAAGUUGGGUAGCCUGGCAGAGUCAGAAGUCUGAGCCCAGCAUAGUGGUCAGCAGGCGGGACGAAUCACACUGAAUGCAAACCACAGGGUUUCGUAGAGUGGUAAAUCAUUGAAUCCCCCGCCUUCAGAAGAGGGUGCAUUUUCAGAAGGAAGCAAUGGCUUCAGACAGCAUAUUUGAGUCAUUUCCUUCGUACCCACAGUGCUUCAUGAGAGAUGCCAGCACGAGCCGCCGCUUCACGCCGCCUUCCACCGCGCUGAGCCCGGGCAAGAUGAGCGAGGCGGUGCCGCUGGGCGCCCCGGACGCCGGCGCCGCCCUGGCCGGGAAGCUGAGAAGCGGCGACCGCAGCAUGGUGGAGGUGCUGGCCGACCACCCCGGCGAGCUGGUGCGCACCGACAGCCCCAACUUCCUCUGCUCUGUGCUCCCCACGCACUGGCGCUGCAACAAGACCCUGCCCAUCGCUUUCAAGAUGAAGACAUCAGGAAAUAAAACACGGAUACUUUCAUACUUUCCGGUGGUGGCUCUGGGGGAAGUUCCAGAUGGUACUCUGGUCACGGUGAUGGCUGGCAACGAUGAAAACUACUCAGCUGAGCUCAGAAAUGCUACUGCAGCUAUGAAGAACCAAGUUGCAAGAUUCAAUGACCUCAGGUUUGUCGGUCGGAGUGGGAGAGGGAAGAGCUUCACUCUGACCAUCACUGUCUUCACAAACCCUCCACAAGUUGCCACCUAUCACAGAGCCAUCAAAAUCACCGUGGAUGGACCCCGAGAACCCCGGAGACAUCGUCAGAAACUAGAUGAUCAGACCAAGCCUGGGAGCUUGUCCUUUUCCGAGCGGCUCAGUGAACUGGAGCAGCUGCGGCGCACGGCCAUGAGGGUCAGCCCGCACCACCCAGCCCCCACGCCCAACCCUCGCGUGAACCACUCCACUGCCUUUAACCCUCAGCCUCAGAGCCAGAUGCAGGAUACAAGGCAGAUCCAGCCAUCCCCACCAUGGUCCUACGAUCAGUCCUACCAGUAUCUGGGAUCCAUCACCACUCCUUCCGUGCACCCCGCAACACCCAUUUCGCCUGGACGUGCCAGUGGCAUGACAAGCCUCUCUGCAGAGCUUUCCAGUCGGCUCUCAACUGCUCCUGACCUGGCAGCCUUCGGCGACCCACGCCAGUUCCCCGCACUGCCCUCCAUCUCCGAUCCUCGCAUGCACUACCCUGGCGCCUUCACCUACUCCCCAACACCGGUCACGUCGGGGAUCGGCAUAGGCAUGUCGGCGAUGAGCUCAGCCUCACGCUACCACACGUACCUGCCACCCCCCUACCCCGGCUCGUCGCAGGCGCAGGGCGGCCCCUUCCAGGCCAGCUCUCCUUCCUACCACCUGUACUACGGGGCCUCGGCCGGCUCCUACCAGUUCUCCAUGGUGGGCGGCGAGCGGUCCCCUCCGCGCAUCCUGCCGCCCUGCACCAACGCCUCCACGGGCUCGGCGCUGCUCAACCCCAGCCUCCCAAACCAGAGCGAUGUGGUGGAGGCUGAGGGCAGCCACAGCAACUCGCCCACCAACAUGGCGCCUGCCGCGCGCCUGGAGGAGGCCGUGUGGCGGCCCUACUGAGCGUGGCGCGGCGAGCCCUGGACCUCGUCGUCAGAGCCCGGCACCGGCUGGGCCAGCGCCUGUUCCCGGGUCGCGCCGGGCCUCUGCCUCCUGCGCUUCUGAAGCCACGCAGUUCGCUCCGCUGUCGGCCCCUGGCCCAUCAGUCUUUCCAGCAGGACACAACUUGGGGGUGUCCUCAGGAACACCGCCUCGUGGGCACGUUGUAAGGCAGACAGGAAGAUUCCCAGAGGGAAACUGUGAAUGCUUCUGAUUUAGCAAUGCUGUGAAUAAAAGAAAGAUUUUAUACCCUUGACUUAACUUUUUAACCAAGUUGUUUAUUCCAGACAGUGGAAUUUUAGGAAUUUUUUUUUUGGUUGGGGACAGCUCAUCCUGUUUGGCAUCUAAUUCUUAUUUCUGAUUUUCUUUCCUGCACCUUAUAAAUUGCAAAAUGCGUAUUUGCAUCUGGGUGUGUUUUUUAAAACAUAUAUACAUAUACAUAUAUAUAUAUGUAUAUAUAUAUAAAUUUGAGCUUGCUUCUUUCUUGCUUUGACAAUUGAGAAAUAGGAUUCCCAUUCCUAUAAGUUUUAUUUAACUUUUCUUUGGAACUUUUGUGUAGUUGUUUUAUUUUUGUUUUUAUUUUUAUUUUUCUUUUGAGACAGCUACAGCUUUGGGUCAUUUUUUUUAACUACUGUAUUCCCACAAGGAAUCCCUAGAUAUUUAUAUAUCUUGACGUUCAGAUAGUUAAUUAUGUGUUGAUACUUUUUUAAUUAUUUAAAUGUACUUAUAUUAAGAAAAAAUAUCAAGUACUAUACUUUUUUAUAGUAGCCAGAGUUAAAUGUGUCACAUUGAAGAAGCCUGGAAAAAAAAAAAGGAUGGGUAAUGUGAUCACUUGGUUAUCUAGAAAUAUUGUUUACAUUAAACUCCCUUUCAUCUUAAUUAAACAAGUUGGUAGCUCAUGCACCCAUGUUUUUAAUAGGAUUUUAAAAACUGAGGUCACUCCAAGGAUCAAAAAUACAGAAUUUUCUGCUAGGCUCAACAAAGGCUCUCAGAUCUGGCUCCCUCCCUUCAAGUAGAAGGUCAACUCUAGUCCCAGAGGACUCAGGCAGGUCCUAAUGAUUACACCUCUGGAAAGGAUUUAAUUUCUGCCUGGGGGGUAUGCUUAUACCAUGGGCUGAUAAUUUCAGACAUGCUUUGUAACAGAACAUAUCCAAAGUAAGCUGUGUGGAGGAGCAGUAUUUAUAUAGAAACUAAAUGAUGAAUUUAGGAAUUCCUUAACCUGUCAAUCCUGGGAGAGCAAGAAAAUAUUUCUCUGUGAUACAGUAUCCAUUCACUGAUGCAGAACAAAACUUCUAGCUAUCCUCCAAAAGUGGGAGUAGGAGGCAUAAGACCAAGUACCUUUGAGGGCCAAAGGUCUCCAGCUGAAUUUUCUGAGGGUCAGUCCAAAAGCAGGCCUAGAGGAGUCAAUUUCUACCUGCCUAGAUGGAAUCACAUGGGAGAACAUAAUCCUACCUGCGUGGGAAUCCCCAUCCCAACUGCUCAACAACACCUUUGUUUUUGUUCUAUGAGGCUGAGACCCUACCCCAGGGGUCUGUGCACUUUCAUCUGUGCGCACCAGCAUAACAGGAGAGAAGAUUCAUGUCGCUGCUGCCCAUGGCUACAAUUCAAGUGUAUCCCAUGUCACUGUAAAUUUUAUGGCACUAUUUUUAUUGGAGGACUGGGUCAGAAUGCAGUUUUGUACAACUCGUAAAUACUAACUGCUGAUUUUGACAUAUGUGUGCUCAAAAUGAUCUGGUUAUUUAAUGUACCUCUUAAAUUAGUUGGAACAAUUUCAGGUCAACUCUGAAGAGUGUUUGAAAGCAGGACUUCAGAACAGUGUUUGAUUUUUAUUUUAUAAAUUUAAGCAUUCAAAUUAGAUCUUUGGCUGCAGGCAGCAAAACAGCUGGACUUAUUUAAAAACAACUUGUUUUUUAGUUAUAUAUAUAUAUAUAUUGAUUAUUUGUUUUACACAGAUGCAGCAGCACUUUGGUAAGAGAAUAAAGCAGCUUGUGAUGUCAGGUUGUUCUUAUCUAGAGAAGAACUGUAACAGAUCUCACAGAAACUCAGAAUAUAUUCAUUUUCAAUUUAGAUAUAACUCCCUCCACAAUUCAGUCUCAUAAAUUAUUCCAUACUAUAUUUUUUUGCAGCUAAACUGCCAUCAGAUGUCAGAAAAAUUAAAAAUUUAAUUUUUGGAGUGGACCAAUAGCCUAUUUCCCCCAAAUUUAGAUAUUCUUUUCAGCACAUGUUGCCCAUAUCUGACCUGAGAAAAUUCUGGGGAAUGAUGAAGGAAAAAUUUGUAUUUUUCACCUUAAUUCUCAUACCUAAAGAUAUUCCAACUGAAAACCAGCCUACUACCCUAAGUGGGGAAUUAGAUAAUCUCGCACAUCUCAAAGCCAUCAUGGAGAAGGCUCUUCACUUUGUUGUACGCUUCCUGAUUUGGCAGUUCAGAGUUUCACAGAAUCUUACCAACAUACAUAGUUUUUAAUCAUUUCAGGAAAGGAAAAUUCAAACUUUAGUUAUUUUGGAGAUAGUUUUCACACAACACAUCGUUUCUUGCUGAGGAAUUAUAUUCAUUACCUUCCAGUAAAUUAAGGUGUCUUUUUAUUCAUUGCCUACAGGUAAAGUAAGGUAUCAGCAAGAUUUUUAAUCAUGUAAUAACUGGCUGUAUCUAGGAGUUUGGGGCCAGGAGAAGAAAGAUUGAAUAAGCCAUUUGCACUGCUUAUUCAUGCCACUAUGUAUGAUUUCAACACGGACAUAUUUCAGUUCUUGCUGUCUUUCUCACUAUCUGCAAAUGUAUCUCUCUCCCUUUCUGCCCCACCUCCACUAUCUUCUUCUUUCUCUCCCUGCUUCUUCCUCCAAACUCCACCUUCUCCGUCCUGCAUUCUCCCAUUCUCUGUAAGGAGAUAGCACAUACACACCCCAUACCAAAUGUCCAGAACACAAGGAGGUCCAGUUCUUCUCCCUUUGCAUCAAGAACAGGGUGAGUCAGCCUUUCUCCUACUUAUGGGUUUCUUCCAGCAGAACAGAGACGUUGCCAACCAUUUUGGAUCUGCUUGCUAUCCAAAUGCAGCAACAGAAACCUUCCUGGGCAAAUUACAAUCAGUGAGUAAAUAGCCUUUCUGCUGCCUACGGUUUCUGUGCAGAUAAACAGAAAUGCUCUGAUUGGAAAGGAAAUGAAUGGUUUCACUCAAAUGUCUUGCAAUUAAGGAUUGCAGAUUUCUGUCUUGAAAUACCUGUUUGCUUGGGACAUUCCGUCCUGGUGAUUUUUUUAUUUGGAUGGUUUUGUUUUUUGGGGGGGAAUGACAUAUUUGGGGUCUUUUAUACAUGAAAAGAUAGGUUAACAGUAAUCUCAGAAAACAUUUUUUACAUCUGAGCAAAAUAACUUUUGUUUACCCUAGAGUAUACAUUUGCUUGGGGUUUUUUUGUUUGUUGAUUUGUUUAUUUGUUGGGAAUCAUUUUCCCUCCCUUCAGCCAGGUCAGUAUUGAUGAAGCUGAUCAUUUGGCAUUUUUUCCCCUUCCACAAGGGUUGCAUCAACAAAAUUAAUUGUAUUUAUGUAUGUAAAUAGAUUUUAAGCUUCAUUAUAAACUAUUGUUAAUGCCUGUAAUAACUUUUUUCAAUUUUUAAGUGUUUCAAAGGACUUUUUCUUAUGUUUGCUAAAUACUGUAGAAAAAAAUGCUUCUUUCUACUUUAUUUUAGACUUAAAAAUGAGCUACUUACUCACUUUUGUAAACAGCUAAUAGCAUGGUUCCAAUUUUUUUAAGUUCAUUUUUUGUUCUGGGGGAAAUGAAUGUGCAAAAACCAAAAAAGAACUGUUGGUUAUUUGUGUUAUUCUGGAUGUAUAAAAAUCAAUGGAAAGAAUAAACUUCCAAAUUGAAAGGACAUUAUAAUACAUCUACUGAAAAAUCAAUGAGAAACAUAGUUCUACUUCAGCCUCCACCAAAUGUCUAUUUGUGUGGCAAUUAUUAGAUCUGGCCACAAAGCAUCCUGGAAAUUGAUGUGUGGGCUUCCUUUUUCCCUGGUACUGACAUAUUGAACACUUGCUGAAGGGGAACUGUUAAGUUCAGAUCUUACACCAGAUAAGAUAUGAGAGAAUCCCCCAGAAUCCCCUCUAACUAGCGCAAGAGAGCAGGCCUCCAUUGUUCACAGCCCACUGUGCACAGCAGGGGUGGGAAGCCACCCUUUUCUGGGAGAACCUAUCAUGCCCAGCCUAUGCAGGGCAGCUGGGCUGCUGCCGCCCAGGGGCUACUGGAGCCUUACUUUCUUUGUACCAAAGUUUCUUCUGUAAAUCCAAUAUUAUAACUAGCGUGAAUGGCAAAUAAACCAUUUGAGAAGUACUUAAAUCGUA